AUGUCGGUAUCACGAGCAAUCGUUCAAGUCUUCAGAGCACCUGAACAAGCCGAGGGUGCAGGGGCACGAGUGCGCCGCGCCAUCGGAAGCAUUCACAAGCGCAACUUCUCGCCAUUCCUUAUGUUCGACCACAUGAGCGGCAGCACCGGCGCCGGCUUCCCCGAUCAUCCUCACCGGGGACAAGAGACCAUAUCUUACAUACUAAAAGGCUCAGUAGAGCACGAAGACUUUGCGGGAAAUAAGGGUAUUUUGCGAGCCGGCGAUGCACAGUUUAUGACAGCGGGAAGAGGUAUCAUGCACUCCGAACAGCCAUUGCCGGAAGACGACGGGACCCCAGGGGCCGGAUUCCAACUCUGGGUUGACCUUCCGAAGCAUCUCAAGAUGUGCGAGCCCAGGUACCGGGACUUGGGCGCGAAAGAAAUACCACAAGUUCAACUUGACAACGGCCAGGUCUAUGUCAAAGUCAUCUCGGGCAGAUCCGGUGGGGUCGUCUCGGUCAAAGACUUGGCAUAUACGCCCGUCUGGUUUCUCGACGUGGAGAUCAAGCCAGGAGGCAAAUUUACCCAGCUCUUACCUCAAGAGUGGAAUGCUUUUGCUUAUGUAUUUGAGGGAGAGGCGGUUUUCGGUUCAAAGAGUAAGAGUCAGAGCAAGGGGAAGAAGUUUGACGCAGUCAUUUUUGAAAAAGAAGGCGAUGUGGUUGACGCUGAGGUUCCCGAUACAGCGCAUGGAAGUGCACGGCUCCUCUUGAUUGCCGGACAGGUUUUGGAUCAGCCAAUCGCCCAACAUGGGCCAUUUGUCAUGAACAGUCGGGAGGAGUUACAACAAGCGGUGGAGGACUUUUACACGCACAAGAACGGAUUUGAAAGAGCCAAGGAUUGGCGGAGUGAAAGUUCAAAAAGGAAGAAUGUGUAUUGA